CGCGUCUACAACCACCGACCGUUCAAGUAACAAAGGGACUGAAGUGAAGCAAGCGGGUGACUGCGAGAAGAAUCAAGCGCAGCAGUCGUGAUCACGUGACAUACCUUUAGCUAUUUCAAUUAAUUAAAUUAUUAAUUUAUUAGUAAUAAUAAAUAAAUUAAGUUUUUUUUAGCACAACUGUUAUUUUUUUGUUUUAGUUAAAUAUUCAUGUUUUUGUAGUUUCUGCGAAGCAGUACUGUAUAGCAUUUUUCCCGCCGAAGGAAGCACGACUGAAUUGACAUGUCCGGCAAGUCCAAGUCUCCCGGCGGCGGGGACUCCUCUGGCUCGGAGGAGUACAUGGUGGAGAAGAUCCUGGACAAGCGGAUGCGCCACGGCCGCGUUGAGUACUUCCUCAAGUGGAAGGGCUAUCCAGACGCCGAGAACACGUGGGAGCCCCAGGAGAACCUGGACUGCCCUGAGCUGAUUGCCGAGUUUGAGGAGAAACGCAAGAAGGAGGGCAAGAAAGAGGACAAGAAGCGGAGCCUCUCCAAAGUGAACGGUGGCGCCGAGGACUCCGCCCCCAAGAAGAAGGCCAAGGCCUCCUCCGAGGAAGACACAACGCCACGGGGCUUUGAUCGGGGCCUGGAGCCCGAGAGGAUCAUUGGAGCGACAGACUCGAGCGGGGAGCUGAUGUUCCUCAUCAAGUGGAAGGACAGCGAUGAGGCGGACCUGGUGCCCUCCCGGGAGGCCAACGUGAAGUGCCCGCAGGUCGUGAUCAAGUUCUACGAGGAGCGCCUGACGUGGCACUCAAGCAGCACUGCCGCAGGGGCCACCUCCGCCGGCGACAGAGAUGACGUCUCGUGAAGCGCACCCCUUGCCCCCUCACCCUGCGCCCUCAGCCUCAUCUCUGUUUGUUUGCCAGAAGAUCGGCCCCUCAAACUCCACCGAGUCUGGUUACACGCGGGGGUCACGCAGUUUGUACAUUGCUCGAAACUCCUCUUCUUCCCAACCUUGUUCUGCGCUUGCUUGCACCUUCCCCCUCUUGCCAAGCUGUCCCGAUGCUCCCGGAACGAGCCGCAGCAUUUGGUGCCCUUUCUUUUAUUUUUUUUUUUUUAUUUUUUUACGUAUGGCUGGAAUGUUUAGUGUUGUCUCAGUUUGACAUUGGCAUACGUCCACAGGGGCUAGCGGUAGAGUAAAUGUCUGUUUAUAUCUCGCAUUGUUUUUUGUUUGUUCUUUUUGCUUUUAAGUUGUGGGGAAGCCAGUUCAAACUUGGUGUGGAAUAAUCGUUCAUUACCUUCUGUUUCGGUAUGCCGUGUUCUUCUUUUCCAAUUGCCCGUGUCUCUUCCUUUGCUCGUGGACUCAAGUGUAAUGUGCUGCUUGUGGAGCGUUGUGUCCGGACGGCCGGUGAGAGCACCUGUGUCUGGGCUGUCCACCUUCACCCCGCCUUCCUUUAGACUCGUGCCCUACAAGAGACAAGUGCCACGCGGCCUAGCCGCCAUCGCAACCUUCCCGUGGCUGUCCUCAUCAUACUUUCAUUUGAAACCAGUGGGAAAAAAUGCACAGGUGAUCAAUAAAGGCAACACAGUGGUGACAAAGCAUA